AUGGGAUUUCUAAAGCUGUCCACAAAUGCACUUGUCCUACUCAAUCUGUACCUUGCUCAGGCGAUUGAUGCUAGAACAUGUGAUGGUACACAGGUAACAACGCUAAAGACCAACCAGGUGGUCAUCAAGGGUGUCCCCCAGUGUCCUCAAAAUGAUGGCGAUAUUAUCGAGACCAGUGAUGGUGGCUACUACACCUUCCAGUGUUGCAUGCACGAGUCUAAGGGCUCAAGCCUCAUCAAAAAUGUGCAGACCACGGGGUAUGAUGACUGCAUCAACCAGUGCACCUUGACAGAUAGUUGCAAAGCGUUCCGCUACGUCUUUGGUGACAACGGCGAUGAAAAAGCUGGUGAUUGUAAGCUUUAUGGAAGUGGCACGUUCUCAGAUGGAAAGUGUGGAAACACGCUACACGACUGGGCCUAUCUCACCGAUCCUCCGGUGAUCGAGAUCCCGGAAAGCGUGCGAGCAGCAUGCUCAACCGAGUGCCCAGAUGCGGAUGGUCAGAUCUACACUGCCAAGAACAAGCAGGUAUUCCACUUGGACUGUCAGAAGCGCCAUGGGACAGCUUGGUUCCACAAGCUGGAUUCCAACUCCUUGAAGGAAUGCACAGAUUCCUGCGCCUCGUUCAUCGGAUGCCAGAGUGUCGAUUACCACAAGCGCACUAAGAAAUGCUACCUCGGCAAGCGUACCUCAAAGCCCACCCUCGACGCUUCCGGAUGGGCAACCGCUUAUUCUAUUGGUUGCUCGGGAGCGUGCACAGAGGACUCCUGUGGUAGUUCAUGUGGGUCAACUGCUCCUCCAGUCAACAUAACUCCUACGCCGGAGCAGGAACAAGAGCCUAUUGUUCCAGAAAGCCCUCCCCCGGCCAUAAUUACCCCAGAGCCGGAACAAGAUCCAGAGCCCAUUGUUCCAGCCAAUCCCGCCCCAGCUCCUGCACCUAAGGAGGUGAAUUGCAACGAUGACAAUAACUCCCAAGUCGAUCUAGAUGGAACAAAGUACGAGAUUCGUUGUGACAAGCAAUACCGUGACAACAGCCGCUAUGUUGCAUCAGGAAUCUCCUACACUGAAUGCCUGAAGCUAUGCAGUGCAGAUUCGACCUGCAACUCGGUUGAUUACUGGGACCCUAGUGGUGGUCAGUCCUGCUAUCUCUUCAGCGGCACUGGAGAACCAGCCCACUCAACCAAUAUGAAUUGGGCUGCCUUCAAAGUUUGA